CUGGUCUGGUCGCUUUCCACUAGGCGCUUGCGAAGCCCCCCGGUCUUUAUUUAUCUUGUUCCACUUUUUUUUUUCAACUGCCCUUAGUAUACUACCGCUACAGUACUCCGUACACUCACUUUGGGGCAAUGAUGAUGUUUUUUAUUAUUUUCUUUUUUUUUUCCCUUCCCGAUUAACUUAAUUAAGUCAUCAAUAUUAAAAUAUGAUAGUUCCCGGUUCCCAUCAUUCUGGAUUUUCCUGCUAACCAGGGAAGCUAUCCGAUUCCUAUAAUUCCCUGCUCCUAUCGCAUUUAUCCAGCUCUUCUUUCAAUUUUCCACUCCUCCUUCAGCUUUCCCAUUUACCUCCCCCCUCCCCCUUCCUCUUCCGGGCAUACAUUUGCCUCAACCGGUCUGGGAACCCUGGAACCCAUAAACUUGACACUCCCCCUCCUAGUCUUCUUAUCAUUCCCCAUUUGAACGGUCCAAGCGGGAAAUGGCCUGUUAAAAAGGUCCAGUUUGCCUCCCCACAGCACGACUUCCCGGGUACUUUCGAGGUACAACGUGUGAGGUGAUCCUCGAUCGAAAUCAUCCCAUCCGACCACCUGCGGUUGUUCCGGCUUGUACAUUUGGGGAAUCAUCUUUUUUUUCCAUUUGAUUUUUUUUUCCACCUAGUCGGGGGGACUUUUUACAUUUGCAUUUGCUAUUAUUCAGACUGGGAUUUUGAAUUUUCCCUGCCUGGCGAUCGGCCCACCCUGAUAACAUCGCCAUAUCGUGAAUCGCCACACUCCCCACUCUGCGAUUGCUCGCUGCUUUCAUCGGUAGGAUUGAUAAGCUCUUCCUCUCCUCUUCAACUCCCCAAAACCCUCUCAACCCGGCACUCCACUCUUGUUCUUCUAUACACUUUCCCCCAACCCACGAGACCAUUGUCUUCUCGACCGGCUCUCUUCUUCUUCACUGCCUCCGGUGUCACUCAGUGCUGUGAUACCUUCUCACUACAACCCACCUCCCCACUGGUCCGCGCUUUCCUUUCGCCAUUCUUCGGGUGCCACACCAUCUGCAUCUAUCCUACGACAACCGAAGAAGUUUCACCUCGACCACCCUCCCCCAGUCACCGUCAUUCUGGCUAAUGCACGGUGAUGCCGUCUUCGCCUGCCUAUUCAUAAUUGCGUCUGCACUGAACCUUUGAGCACCUUGCUCCCCUGUUCUUUGCUCACCUACAACUUUCCACCUUCUUGUGUUGAGACACACAAGUCGGCCGGAUGCCCUACACUGCGCCAGUGAAGUCGUUGCUCGCCGCGCAGCACAUCGAAUACACGAACCUCCCCUUCGACACCCGCCCCGAACGACCCGGCGUGGCUCGAUCUGCAUCCCAUCGAUUGCAGAACUCUCGAUCCUAUUCCUCCACCUCAUACGUCCGUCGGCACAGGAGAAGCCCAUCGAUCUCUAAAUCGAACGGGCUUUCCUCCUCGGAGCCCCCAUCCCGCAUCUCCCCCACCAUCGAUCCGCAUGCCAGUCUCCGCCAGUCUCCGCCACCUUUGAACAAUGCAGCCAUUCCCCCAGGGGCGGUAAUUUCGCCCCCGGAAUCCGUGACCAACUCGAGUGAUGAGGAAUCGUCCGAACCGAAAGACGAGAUCAAGUUUGAGGAACUCGAGGCUGCAGUGCGGUCAAUUGAACAGCGGAGGGAAUACUCACCCGAAAGAGAGAUGAUGCGUGCGUCCGACGAGUCGGGAACUGAGGCUCAAUCCUCAUCCAGUCACGCACCACCCACUCAUCAAUCCAAACCCAAACCCAACUACUUGCGGCUUUCCAAGGAAUCUCGAAAGAUCUCCCACUCACGCUCGUCUACUGAAACAGCAGUGGAUAUCAGGAGGGAACAGGCAUUGACCAGCUCGCCGGACGACAGUGAUGCCGAUUCUACCCCUAAGCCGCCAAUGGUGAGAAAGAAAUCGGGCGAACUGGUUCGGCCGGCUCUCCGACCGGCCACGGCUCGUCGGCGGCCUUCAAGCAUGCCUGGCACCCCAGUCUACGCCAAAGCUGUGCAUUUCGACUCGCAAUUGGAGCACAUUCGGCAUUUUUUGCAGCUUGACCGACCCUUGGCCGUUAGCGCUGAAACUUCCCCGGUGGAUAGCCACGAUGGCGAUACCGAGUUUCCCUUCGGUCUUGAUGCGAACAAAUCUUCCUCGUCGUGGGAGUGGGAGUUGCGGCUCCCGAACUUCCCUAAGGAUGCGCCCCACAGCGCUACUCAUGCAGUCCGCCUAGAACGGUUGUUCCUCUCAGCUGACAAGAAGAGUCUGAUUGGCUCCGUCUCUGUGGCUAAUCUCGCGUUUCACAAGCAUGUGGCUGCCCGUUUCACGUUCGAUAAUUGGAGGACCGUGUCCGAAGUCGUCGCCGUGUACAGCCACGACGCUCGUCGCAAGCACACCCAUGAUGGCCACGAUCGGUUUACCUUCGACAUCAAGCUCGACGAUCAGGCCAACUUGGAAAGCAAGACCAUGUUCGUAUGUAUUCGGUACAACGUUGACGGUCAAGAGCAUUGGGACAACAACAAUGGCUUGAACUACCAGGUCGAAUUCGUCAAAGCCUCCAAGCCGGCCGCGAAUAAGCCCUCUGGUGGUAGCCGCCCGGCUCUUCCUCGUAGUCGAACGUUCACCGGCUCUCACUCUGGUUCCCGCCCGCAGUCUAUGCCUCCCUCAUUCGAGGACCACGCCGAUGUUGGCAAGAAGUUACCGUUCGCCAACCCGUUCACCGCGAAUGCAGGACCUCCUUUGAGCCGAAGUACGUCGAAUGACAUUGACACGGUCGGCCCACCAAAGCGUCGCGAGAAGCCACACCCACAGGCAUUCGGUAACCGGUAUGACUUUGGGGCAUCGCUGACUGCGGCUAUGCGGACCAAGACUCCCGUCGAUCGGACCACUCUGACCGCACGCGCUAGGUCUAGUCAGACCCCAGAGGCACCCAAGGCCAAGCCGGUGGAGAAAGACUUGGGCAGUAGGACAGAUCGGAUUUCUCCAGUGAGAAAUGAUGCUCGAUCAGAGGAUCUGAAGCCGUCCUCACUGGUAUCUAGCAAACCAUGCCACGAGUCUUCCUCCUACAAAGAGCUGGUGGAUAAGUACUGCUUUUACGGUUCUCCCACCAAUACUCCAAAUCAGAAGCCUCCAAACUUUGCGAACUUCACCCUCAACCUGAAAGCGGACGAGGCAUCGAAAUAUUUCAACACGGCCGCUCCCUCUCCCCCUCUUUCUCCUCGUUCACUACCCCGAGGAGACCCGAUUGCGACCGAGGCACCUCGCUCGGAAUCUCGUCCCGCCUCGGCCUCCCCACGCGUAUCGCCUUCGAUGGCGUUUCGCUAUCCCUACCACCAAAGCACACUACAAAAUGGAUUCAUGAAAGACCCUCAGUCGUCGCCUGUCAUUCGAGGGGGAUACGCUGUUUCUUACCUGGAGGUGCCCGAGUCGUUCUUCUUUUCGACUUUUGCGGACAGUGCAUUUGCGCCCUGUGUGGGCGCCCAGUGAUCUUAUUCCCUGCAUAGUUGAUUCCUUUCUUCUCCACACUCGAUGACCGGACCGUGGCUGCUCCUGACUGCAGCUGAUGACAAGGAAUCUGGUUCUUGCGAUGUGUAAUAAACCGCGGAGCUAUGUUUCUGAAAUCAUUAGUUGUUGUCGGGACUCCCCGACUCGCGUCGGGAGAAAUUAUCGACGCGGAACCUUGGUCUCGUGUGGUCAUUCUCACGUCUUCUCCCACUAUUCAUCUGCUACCUUCAUCAUUACCACCCCGCUCAGUUUGUCUCGAUUAUGCAUGAUGACGAUACGAUCUUCUUUCUCCGUCGUUCCGCCCCUUUUUUUCUGCGCCACAAUUCCAGACCAAAUCACCUCGAGAGGCCUCUUCGAUUCUUAAUUCUGCCUUCCCGGCGGAUCCAUCAUUUCUUCACCAAAAAAGUUUAUUAGUCUGCUGGGCCUGCCUCCGCUCUCAUCUGCAUUUUACCGUUGGCCUGAUUGUUUUUUCUUGUCUUUUUUUUAAGUUUUGCAUGGUGUUCCGGGGCUUGUAUUGUUUCCUUCCUCCUGCUCAUGUUUUCUUUCACUUUUUUUUUCUUGCUCGGCCUGUAUUAUGGGCAUUAGCUGGAUUGGAUGCAAGUUUGCAAUGGAUUAACAUCAAAUAUAUGAUGUUCACAGAGGAGGCUAGUGCUACGGUUUGGUAGCAUAGUCUUGACAAUGAAAGACACGAAUGAAUGCGACUUCGAGUCAUGAU